UCUAUCGCUGUCUCUGUCUCUGUCGCUGUCUCUGGCCAUGGCUACAAAAUGGGGAAUCUGCUCUGUAGGAAAAAUCGCCAAUGACUUCAUGGUGGCCCUGGCGACCCUGCCACCUGAGGACCAUCAGGCUGUGGCGGUGGCAGCCAGGGACCUGAAGCGCGCCAAAGACUUUGCCCGAACUCAUAACAUUCCAAGGGCUUAUGGAUCCUAUGAAGAGCUUGCCAAGGACCCCAACAUUGAUAUAAUCCACGUCGGUGUCCUACACACGGUCCAUCGGGAUGUGGUCAUGAUGUUCCUGAAGAAUAGGAAGAAUGUAUUGUGUGAAAAGCCGAUGGCCAUGAACACCGCGGAGGUCAAGGAACUUACCGCAGCUGCCCGGAAAUACAACGUGUUCUUUAUGGAGGCUGUCUGGGGCCGUUUCUUCCCGGUGUACGAAGAAAUCCGCACCAUAUUAUCUCAGAAGGGAAUUGGAGAUGUGAAAGUAGUAAGGGCGGAAUUUGGUUCUAACCAGUACCACGUUCCACGAGCGGUGGAAAAGGAGCUCGGAGGAGGGGCGCUUCUUGAUAUCGGUUGCUACUGUAUCCAGUUUGCGUUGAUGGUGUUUAAUGGGGAGAGACCAGAGUCUGUGACAGCUAAAGGCUUCUUGUAUGAGACUGGGGUGGACGAAACUGUGACUAUAAUUCUACAGUAUGCAGGAAAACGCCAGGCCAUCCUCACUACCACCAUGAUGGUUGCAAUGCCAAACCAAGCUGCCAUAUGCGGGUCUAAAGGGAUGAUUCAGGUUCCAUCAUGCAUGUGGUGUCCAACUUCCGUCAUCAUCAAUGGAAAAGAAACCAAAUUCCCUCUUCCCCCUUCUACGAAACCCAUGAAUUUUACUAAUAGCACGGGGCUGAGUUAUGAAGCUGAGCAUGUGCGACAGUGUCUCCUGAAAGGACUAAAGGAAAGUCCACUGAUGAGCUUGGCAGACAGCGAGCUCCUGGCCACCAUCAUGGAAGAAGUUCGCAAGCAGCUUGGAGUCACAUUCCCUCAAGAUCGAGCCUAAUUGUGUAAUGAGGAUCAGUUGAAAAUGCAGUUCGACGGCACCCAAGGAAACAAAUAAAAAUGAACAAGCUGAAAAAUAAAAAAGAA